UGGUUCCUCACCUGUCAGAAUUUUUGUUUUGCACCAAGUGCCAUCACAUGCAACAAAAUGGUGGACAUGGGUGGGGAAACGAGAGAGCGUUUCCAAGAUAUAGGCACUGCAGAAUCUGAAGACGUCCUGCCUCCUGUGUCGACUGUGACUUACUACCAUUCUCACCAUGCAUCUCGACCCUCCUCAUGGCGGGACUCUCUUCAGGAAGUUACUGCUAGACAAAAUCUCCUGGAGUCAAUGCAUCAUGAUCUAAUUCAAAUCAAGAAUGACCCGGAAAAUCUCUCAAGUUUGUGCAACAGCAGUAGCUCUGUGGUGUUUGUUGAAGGGUCAUCUGUGUCAUCUCUGGAAGCUGCAGAGGAUGCUCGGGCAAGAGGACAGCUGUUUCAAGAAAUUACUCAUGCUGCUGAAACAUUUGAACCUUAUAGUUCAUCAACUUCUAAUGGAUGCUUCCGAAACUAUGGCUUGGCUACGGACCCAACAGCACAUCCAGAGUAUAUUUUUUCAGAUACAAUACAGUGGUCAUGGAAUCGCAGCCCAGCUGAUGACAGAAGCCUUACAGGAUCUGCUGAAGAGAGUAUACUUGUGGGUUCAGGCCAGCCCAAUGAAACUGUGAUCACUUCCCUCCAGUAUACAGUUCCACCUCAUCUUAUUUCAGAUAACUUUUCUUCCCCUUUGCCCUCCAUAUCUGUAGCACAACUGCCCACAUCCGUCCCAGUAUGCUCAUCUAUUCUUCCACAGGUGCAGCCAUCUCCUCCAUCUCCAACUACACUGACAUCAUCAGCACUGGAUCUCUCGCCUGGUCACCAGUUACCGCCAGUACAGCCUACACUCAUGUCUCAGGCUCCUACCCACAUGGCUGCUGUUUCUCCUCCCUCAUCAGCACAUCAACUGCCACAUUUGCAUCCUUCCCUCAUUGCAUUGGACAUGACUCCACAUGCUUUAUCGACACAACAUGCAUUAGAUGACACUCUAGAUCAGGCUCAUUCUAACAAAAUUGCAACUACUUGUGUCAAGUGUGAGAAUGAUUCGCUAGCACUUGAACCCAAGACCACACAUCCACUGCCACUUCCUGAGAAACCAUUCUCAUGCAAGCACUGUAAUGAGACCUUUCCACAAGAAGACAGACUCAAGGUACAUGAACUAAGUCACACUGGAGAGCGAACUUUUAAGUGUGAUGAGUGUGGCACAGCCUUCUCUGCUAAAGCAAUGCUUAUCAGGCAUAUGAAGGUGCACACUGGGGAAAAACCAUAUAGUUGUGAUGAGUGCAAAACUUGCUUUACUGAGACUAGCAGCUUGAAGGUACAUAAACGAUUGCACAGUGGUGAGAAGCCUUUCAAAUGUGACCAGUGUGAUGUUGCAUUUAAUGGGGCAGGUAUGCUAGUUACACACAAAAGAAAACACACAGGAGAAAAACCCUACAGAUGCAGUGAAUGUGGUGAAACGUUUCGGCUUCUAUCUACCUUGAAAAGUCACAGACGUAGACACACAGGAGAAAAACCAUUUGUGUGUGAGGUGUGUGGUUCCUCAUUUACCCAAAGAGCAGCCAUGCAGCGUCACAAAAGAAUCCAUUCCAAUCAGAAGCCAUGGAAAUGUGAAGAAUGUGGAUAUAAAUUUCGUGAGAAAGAAAAUCUGAGAAAGCACAUUGCUCAUCACCAGAUCAAACUACAACAUAUGUGUAACAUUUGUGGUUUAAGUUUCAAUCAAGCAAAGAAGUUAGAGAUUCAUAAAAUACUCCAUAAUGGUGGUGAAAGACCAUACCAAUGUAACAAAUGCCCAUCCACUUUUACUACCCAUAAAUAUUUGACUCAGCAUGAAAAACGAGUUCAUGACAGAAAGGGAGCAAUUCGUUGUGAAGAGUGUAAUGGAACAUUUAAAAGAAAAGAGAUUCUACGGUCGCAUAUGAAAAUACACAAAGGUGAUCGACCAUAUGUGUGUGAAGAAUGUGGGGCUGCGUUUAAUCAGAGAGGGACUCUAACAAAACACAUCCGAACUCAUAAUAACAGUGUGUCUGUCAGUGACAACAAGUGUGAUGAACAUUAUGAAUGUAAGAUUUGUAGCCAUAUUUUUGUAGAUAAGGUCUCAUAUGAGCAUCAUAAACUUGAUCACACUGAAAUAGAAGAUGCCUCAUUUAGCUGUCCAUCUUGUAUUGUCAGCUUCUCAUGUCAGGAGGAGUUAGUGCGUCAUAAGCGGACAAAUCAUCCAGUGCUGAGAACUACACAAGGUAAUUCAGGCUCUGAACAAGAUGUUGAUGAUAGCAGUGAACACAUAAGGGAUAAAUAUGUGUGUGAAGAUUGUGAUCAAACAUUUUUCCGAAGACGACAGCUGAAGGCCCAUAAGAAAUAUUGCCCCUGUAGCUGUCCAGCCCUUCAAGCUGAACCCCUUAAGGAUGUGAACACUGGUACAUCUCUACAGAGUAAUACUAAAGAGGUGGAUGCCAUGAAACUUCUGACAGCAGUGCUAGCUGUGACAGAUGAGGCCAGUGAUGGUCUUUAUCAACAUUCUGUAGGUCGGGGUUCCCCUUCUGUGGAACACCCCUUGCAGCGUUACCCCUCGCCUUCCUCCAUCUCUUCCACAGUAGAACAGGCCCCUCAUCAUUACUCCUCACCUCAUCUCCUCUCGCCAUGUGAUUCUAUUUAUCCUCAACAUGUUAGUGUUCAUCACCAAGAGAAUCAUAUGCAACAGCCAUCGCAAGAGUUUCAGCUGUCACAGUCAUCGCAACAGCCACCACAAGACAAUUUGCAGCAAAUAUCACAUCAGCAAGUAACUCUGCAACAUUUAUCUCAUGAUAAUCUGCAGCACUUGCCAGAACAACAUAAUCAUCUGCAUCACACUUCACAAAGUAAUUUGCAGAAAUCAUCCCAUCGACAAGAUCAUAUACAACAGAUAAAUCAGCAGCAAGCUCAUUUACAACAAUUGCCUCAAGAACAUACUUCUCUUCAUCAAUCGGUACAUCAACAUGAUCAUUCGCAGCAGCCAUCACAAGACCAUGUUCGUCAACUACCACGUCAACAUGAUCAUUCGCAGCAGCCAUCACAAGACCAUGUUCGUCAACUACCACGUCAACAUGAUCAUUCGCAGCAGCCAUCACAAGACCAUGUUCGUCAACUACCACGUCAACAUGAUCAUUCGCAGCAGCCAUCACAAGACCAUGUUCGUCAACUACCACGUCAACAUGAUCAUUCGCAGCAGCCAUCACAAGACCAUGUUCGUCAACUACCACGUCAACAUGAUCAUUCGCAGCAGCCAUCACAAGACCAUGUUCGUCAACUACCACGUCAACAUGAUCAUUCACAGCAGCCUUCAAAGCAGCAGGAUUAUUUGCAACAUCCUACAAGACAGCACAGUACUGAUUUGCAACAAACCUCAAGAGAACACAGCCACUUGCAUCAAACUGGUGGAGAUAGUCAUUUGCAACAAAUCAAUAGACGACAGACUCAAUUGCAACAUCAAACACAGCAGCAAGAUCAUCUGCAGCGAUCCUCACAUGGACCAGAUCAAUUACAUCAGUCUUUGAGACAAGACCACUUACAAAAUCAUCUUCAGUUUGACCAAAUAGUUCAACAGGAAUUUUAUAAAGAAAGUUCACUCUCACUACCCAUUCAACACCCUCUUCACCACACCCAGGAGCUACAAGCACUUGAUCAACCUGGUCAAAAUGUCCAUCCCCAGGAUGACCAUCUACAAGAACUUCAUCAAAAUCUUCAAAGAAAUCUUGAAGAUUGUGAGAAUUUUGGUCCAAGCAUACAUCACCAAGACCAACUGGAGCCAGAUAAUUGUGAUCAGCAUUCACAUCACUUACAAGAGCCAGAACAAGAAGAACUUAGAGAGGCUGAGCAUCACAAUCAACACCACCACCGUCGGCAUCAUCAUCAUCAGCACCCAUCUACUCCACCCUUGGAAAAUUCUUGCAGUAUCAAAAUUCUAAACAUUCCCAGCUAGUCUUUUACCCAAAUAAUUAACCCUGAGAGUGCCGCUUACGUCAUAUGAUGUACGAACUGUACCAUUUAUCUUUGAUUCCUGUAAGAGAAACUUUAAAAUUAUGGGGAACACUUCUAAUCUAAUUUCAGAACUUAAUACUGUAUGUCAAUAUCAGUAUUUAAUUUAUAAGUCUGUGCAGUAUAUCCAAGUAAAAUAAUGGAAUUUGAAUUACAUAUUUUCUCAUAUUUUUUAUUAUUUUUGGUGUACUGUACAUUACACACAUUUGGAAACAAGAAACUCGUAAAAAUAAUAAUUUUCCAAUUUGUUCUAAAUUUGCAUGUAGGGUAAGCAAAUGACUGGAACAGUUGUGCAUUGUAAGGGUUAAUGCAUUAGAAAAAAUUAUUAUAUCUUGAAAAAAUAUUGAGAUUUAAAUACUGUAGUAUGUCAAUAAUUGUUAGUCAUUUGUAAGUGGAAAAUUCAGUAUAUAAAUUCCAAAUUGCCAUGUUCAAGCUGUUCAUACUGUAUACUGUUUGGUGUUAAACUUAUUUUGAUAGCUUCAUAAAUGAACCUACAGUAGUCAGUUUCAUAAGAAAUUAAUAUUGUAGGCAAGUAUACUGCUUAGUUAUGUUCUACAGAAGAAAAUGAUUUUGCUGUACAGUGGGCAAAGCUUUGUUUUUGGCUUUUGAAGACAUAAUCUUUUGUGUGUGUUAGAACUAUUGAGAGGGAAUUCUUUGUUUUAAUCAAAAGGGUUAACCUCUUGGUUAUUUAAAAGACCUCACACUAGCUCAUAAUCAAUUACAAUUUUAAUGAAUAUAUUUUUUUAGAUAUGACAGAAUGCAAUGAUGGUACUUAUGGGUAAUUGUUAAGUACCAUCUUAUGUGGUGUCUGGAUAGACACUGGUUUUUGGUUUUAUAAUAUUUAUAGAAGUAACUGAAAAGGCAAGAGAUGUGCUUGACCUUUUUUUAUCUCACAACUACAGCUCCACCGACAAAGAAGAAACUUACUAUGCAAUGGUAUUACUGGUUAAAAGAAAAUUAAGACACAAAUAGAUUCUCUGGGGACAGUCCGGCAUCCUUACAACAUAAUUAAUGUACACCACUACAAGGUUUUUUGAUAGGUCACCUGACACAGUCUUCCUGACUAGUUGCUAUGCCAGUUGUUGGGCAGUAGACCAGAAUUAAUUUUACAGCAUACUAAUGCUACAAGUGAAGAGUUCUUAUGUGUGUGCAAACAAGCUGUCGUGUGUACUUUUGACCAACUGUUGAACCAACAAGCUACCAGUUAUCUUUCCUUGUGUUGGGUUUUGUAAGUGCUUCAGCAGUGGACCGCUUCUCUUGAGAUGACCUAUACAUUCACAAUUUCUUGCAACUUUGUUCCAGGAUGUGUUCAUCUGUGAUGAGCAUUGUUUAUUAUGGAGGGUACAAUCAGCAGCUACAGUAUCUAGUCAUAUUGGUAUCGUCUCCAAUGAACUGGCUAAUGAGGUAGCAAAUACUGCCAUUAAAACAUGCCCUUGCCCUUAAAGCCUAUUACAUUCAUUGAUUGCUUCCAAAUAUUGCAUUCAAGUUACAGUAUUUACAUGAUGACAAGAUGGGUAGCCACAGUAUAUCCAAUAAUAAGCUCCACACCAUAACAUAAAAUUUUAAAGCCUUAAUCAAUUUCUUUUUAGAUUUGAAGUAUUUUGCUUAUAUAGUGUAUACUACUAGGCAGGAAAUACUAACAAUUGUUAUAAUAUUUGAUACCUAAGCCAAAAGAAUAAUUCUUAAAGUAAUGUAUUUCAUACUCUGCAAUUGCAGUAUAUUAACAUGUGAAAAUUUAAUGCUCAAUGUAACCAUUUAAUGGGAAAUAAUCAAGCAGCAGCAUUUUGAUCACACAUGUAGACGUGUUUAAAGUUCGGCUGCAAGAGUGGUAAACAAAAGUUAGUAUAAAGAGAAUUUUUUCAAAAUCUUCAUAAUGAUAAAUGUAUACAAAAGUUUUUAAUAUUUUUAUGGGAUUUAUUGAGACUUUACAUGCUUCCUGGUAUUAACUUCCAUUGGAAGGUGUGUUGGAGAUCAGAGGACAUCACUGUUCACUAGUUCGAAAGAACUCUGCUAGCCAUGUAGUAUAAAAAUUUGCAGAUGGCAUUACUAAAAGAUGACCCUUCCAUUCACAUCCUGCUUUAUGUUAAAAAUUAAUGACCAUGCUUUAACUGUAUUUAACUUUAACUGAGAGCUUUAACUCUCAAAAUAUUCUUAAAAGUUGCUGAAUAAUGUAAAAGUUAAAGUGCCUGACCUGGACUGAACCUUUGACAAACCCUUCCCUAAGUAUUCUACCUAGGUAAACCUUGGCCUUCGGUGAUACAAUAUGUACAAAUAAUACCCAUCAAAAUGUAUAACACAAUAUAUUGCACCUAUUACAUUUAUGUACUUUGUCCCCAUUUUGUAUUAAAGUAAUUAAUACAAUUGAUUUUCAUAGUGAUUGAUUUUAUAGUGAUAUAUAUAAUUGAUUUUAUAGUGAUUAUAUAUAU